UACGCCAAUCGAGUUUUGUGUUGUUUUUGAUCGGGGAAAGCACGGAGUCUCUGUUGAAGAUGUUGGAAGAAGGACAAAAUCAACGCGAAAUUGCCCAGAAACGGAUUAAAUGUCAAGAAAUCAUGGAGAAGGGGGAAGAUGAUGGAAUCAAUGCGUUGCCUGAUUGUUUGCUUCUUGAAAUCCUCUCUCGUUUGCCGUCCACAAAAGACGCCAUCAUAACAAGUACACUCGCCAAGCGAUGGGAACAUGUUUGGACUUGGGUACCUUCUCUGAUAUUUAAGCAUUCAAAUCAUUCCUUCGAAAACCCUAACUCAAGUUCCGAUUUCGCAUCAUUGGUGGACAAAACCCUAACUCAAUGUCGCCAAUCGAAGCUCAAGAAAUUCCAAGUGCAUACCUUUUAUGAUAUUCGAUUAGAAUCGCAGUUCAACAAUUGGAUUCAUUAUGCUAUAAGUUGUAACGUUGAAGAGCUUAACUUGAAGUUUUUGGGACGGGAACCUGAGUUUUUGUUAGAUCAAUUUUUGUUCAUCAAUUCAUGUUUUACCGAUGUGAGAUUAGCAGGAUGUAAGUUGAAUCCAACUGGGGCGAUUAGUUGGGAAAAUCUUAGGAGUUUGUGUAUUUCCAAUGUGAAUUUAGAUGAAGACUUGAUUGUAAAAAUAUUAUCCGGGAGUCCUCUAUUGGAAACUUUGGUAGUGGAAUAUUGCUAUGGUCAUGGGCGGCCCAAUAUUAUUUCAGAUGAUGAAUCUGAAUCUGAAUCUGAAUCUGAAGCCAGUGAUAUCAUCAAAAUCAGAAUGAGUGCUCCUACUAGUUUAUCACCAACUCAAUGUCCCAAACUCAAGAAAUUCAAAGUGUAUACCAGUUAUGAUGUUCAUUUUCAGUCGCAACUAAACAUUUGGAUUCACUAUGCUAUAAGAUGUAAUGUUAAAGAGCUUGACUUGGAGUUUUGGAAUACGGAUUCAGAAUAUGAGUUUAUAUUGGGUCAAAUUGUUUUCACCAGUUCAUGUUUUACCGAGCUGAGAGUAGAUGGAUGCAUGCUCAAUCCAGUUGGGGAGAUUAGUUGGAAAAGUCUUAGGAGUUUGUGUAUAUCCGGGUACCAGAGUUUAGAUGAAGAUUUGAUUGAAAAUAUAUUAUCUGGGAGUCCUGUAUUGGAAACUUUGAUUUUGGAUAAUUGCUAUGGUUAUAACCGGCUCGAUAUUACUUCAAAGAGUGUUAAAAACUUGGUGUUACGUGGAUACGAGGAUUUUUCUUAUGUUGAAUCUGAAGCUGAUAUCAUCGAGAUCAAUGCUCCUAAUAUUUUGUCACUAACAAUUGACCAUGACGUAUCAUUGUGUAAGCUUUUAUUGCUAAAUGUGUCUUCUUUAGUCAAAGCUCACUUAGAUUAUACUUGUACAAAGCUCACAACGCCUAAUGAAGUGGAAGAAGAGGUGCUUAAAGGAUGUAUAAUGAAUCUUCGCCAUGUCACAGAGGUUGAACUUGGGUAUUUAUGUUCUAAGGCUAUUUCUUGUUUGCAAGCUAAAGGUUUCGUUCUUCCGUCAAAUGUGAAGCUUAGUGGAGUAAGGUGAUUUAGGGAGCUGCUCUUGCAUGAUUAUGAGGGACACUGAUAUGAUACACGGUGUUAACUUAUUGAUAAUGCUUUUUUGCUUUGAGUUCAUGUUUAGCCACUUAAGUUAUCAUGAAUUAUUUUCAUCUCUUUGUAAAGUAGACUUGGUUCGAUUGGGUUGUUAACUACUUCAACGAUUAUUGACCUUCUAACUAACGGUAAUCCUGAUUUCUCAAACUUAUUUCCCUCAUUGGUAGUUGUUUCUUUGAGAUUGGUAUCAAAAGUACCUGUCAUCAUUCAUGCCAUUGAUGAUGCUGUUGGUUUCCAAUUCGAGUGGAGGAUUGCUUUCUGGGUACAAGCUUCGUCACCCAGGCUCUCUGGAACCUCCCAAUGAGAGUAUUAUAAUCCCACAACAGCAUCAAGGAGGUCAACACCAAAGUCAAAACCUCAAUGCAAACAAUGUUAGCAUCCAGGAGAGGCCGCAACAUGUAGGAAACAACAUGUUCCAAUACAACGGCAUGGUGUCAUCACAACCAAGAAUCUCAUUAAUUCAAUGAAACGUCUGCACAUUGAACCUCAAAAGCAAGGUUGGUUGCCCAGGCAUGACAUAAAUAGUUUGAUCAGCUACAUGUUCAAUCCAAACACCAGGAAAGCAUCGGUAGAGGCUCUGCAACAAAUACUCAAGGGUAUAGAGGUUGUGAAAAAUGCUAAUAAGAACAAUGCCUCUCCUGAUAUCUUAUUUAUAGCCCUUGCUCUUGUAUUACAUAUUGUUGCUGCAAAAGAGAUGAUAUCUCAGGGUGUUCAGGACCUAAUUAAGAGACAUCAAGCUCAAACUAUCUCCUCAAUGAAGGGUCCUGAUAUUAGCAUUUGGGGAUGGAAACUGAAGGAACAAAGACCCCUAUUAGGUGUUGCUGAAGAUAAGGGUAGUGAUACAUUGGUUACCUUGAUUCUCAACAAGCCUGGUGUUAAGAUUUGUGAAAUUAAAGCUUCCGGUUUUGAUGAGAACAGGAAGGAAAAACUGCAAGUUCUGGCCACCACCCUCGCGGGAGGUCAGCUUAUAAUGGAAGAACUUGGAAUGAAUAUUGACCGGGUGGAAGCGGACACAAGCGAUCAUGAUAAAGAGAGGUUUCAAGAAAGGAUAGCCAAGUUUUCUGGUGGAGUUGGACUACUCAAGAUUAUAGAAGUUAGUGAGAGUAAAGUAAGCCAAAAGAAAGUUAAAGUUACAAAUGCUUUAAAGGUCACCAAGGCUGGUGCUGAGAUCCUUGUUGAAGUCCCACGUAAGUUUGUGAAUGUUGUUGGGGAGAUGAUGAUGCCAAGGGAGGCUCCUGGUCGCUUGUCCCUAUAUGUGAUUGUUAAUGAGAAUAGGAAGGUCAUUGAAACUGUCAAAAAGAUCUUUGAUGCAGUGGAGCAAGGAGGUGUAGAGAAUGCACAUCAUGGCAAGGCUAAGGACAAGAUACGGACUGGACGAGUUUGGGUGCUAUACAAUGUUUUCAUUCACCUUGAGGGCAAGGUGAAAGUUUGGGCCGCCGGUAUUGAUAAGCCCAACUAAUCCUAGAGUGCUUUUAGUUGAUUUGCUUUAGUAGAGUUAUUCUGCUAUCUUUUUGGCUGUAGGGGUAGUUUGGUCCUUUUGGUAUUAUGACUGUUAUUGGCUGUUAUGUUAGUGGGAAGAGCACCUGAUUGUGCCGGCUGUGAUUCCCUUUUGUCUUGUCUCUAGUGAUAGUAUAUAUAGUCCUUUGUUUUAGAGAGUCAGUAGCUAAGAAUUGAUUUGUAAAGAACUUUGUUCUUUUGGAGAGCCCCUUUCCUCUCGAAUGACUGGGAAUUAUCUUAAUAUUAUCAAGUAAUUUUGUUAGUA